AUGAGGACUGGCGGUCUGCUGUGCGCGGUGGGACUUUGUCUGUUAAAUGCGGCUUUAUCUGUUAAGAUCUGCGCUUUUAACGUUCAGAGCUUUGGAGAAGCAAAGGCCAACAACAAGAAAGUUAUGGGGAUUCUACUGAAGAUUCUUUCCCGAUGCGACUUGUGUCUCGUUCAGGAGGUCCGCGACUCCAAAGGGCGAGCAAUACAAGCCUUGGUGAAAGAUCUUAACAGGUUUGACAAACUCAACUCGUACUCCCAUGUGGAAAGCGAGAGACUGGGAAGGAAAACCUACAAGGAGCAGUACGUCUACAUUUACAGAAACAAUGUGCUGACGGUGAAGGAGCAGUAUCAGUAUCCGAAAUUCGAGGAGAAGGAAGCCAAUUCCACUGAAGUCUUUUCCAGAGAACCGUUCAUUGUUCGCUUUUACUCGCCUACUACACUCAUGAAGGAUCUGGUUUUAAUCGGCCAGCACACCAGUCCCAAAAGUGCCAUGAAAGAGAUGGAUGAGUUGUAUUUCGUGUUCAAAGAGAUCUACAAGAAGUGGAAGACCGAGAAUGUGAUGAUCUUGGGUGACCUGAACGCCGCUUGUGGCUACGUCACCAUCAAAGGCUGGCGAGGCGUCCGCCUGAGAAGCGACCCCAAAUUUCGGUGGCUGAUCGGGGACGAGCAGGACACGACCGUUCGGGAGAAGACGCGCUGUGCGUACGACAGGAUUAUCGUCCACGGACGCGAGUUGAUUUCCAAAAUAGUGCCCGGCUCUGCUCGACCGUUCAACUUUAAGGAGAAUUUCAAUCUGACAGAGGAUGAGGCCCUAGCCGUGAGCGACCACUUCCCCGUCGAGGUCGACCUGAAGACCAAACAUCAUUAUCUCUUGCGCAGUGAGCUGUAA